AACAUGAUGUCCAUCGCCGCUCGUAGCGGGGCUUUAACCCCGUGCUUGCAGGCCACAAAACACACAAUUCAAGGUCUGGUAUUCCCCGGAGUUGCAAAGAAUGUGGUCCCUGCUGCUGCUCCUGGUGGAAUCCGCUUCGCACACACAGACAUCAAGAUUCCUGACUUCUCAGACUACCGUCGCUCUGACGUUCUUGACCCCAGUAAGUCCUCACAGGAAAGCAGUGAAUCGAGAAGAGCAUUCUCCUACCUGGUCACAGGGGCAACUACUGUGGUGGGUGUCUAUGCAGCCAAGACAGUUGUCAGCCAGUUCGUUUCCUCCAUGAGUGCAUCAGCGGAUGUCCUGGCCUUAUCCAAGAUUGAGAUCAAGCUGGGUGAUAUCCCCGAGGGAAAGAAUAUGACCUUCAAGUGGAGAGGCAAGCCUCUUUUCGUACGCCAUCGCACAGAGAAGGAAAUUGCUGCAGAGGCUGCUGUGAAUUUGGCAGAGCUGCGCGAUCCGGAGCAUGACAAGGAUCGUGUGGUCAACCCCAGCUGGGUCAUUGUCCUCGGUGUCUGCACCCAUCUUGGUUGUGUGCCCAUUGCCAAUGCUGGAGAGUAUGGAGGCUACUACUGUCCUUGCCAUGGCUCCCACUAUGAUGCUUCAGGUAGAAUUCGAAAAGGACCAGCCCCCCUCAACCUGGAGGUGCCCUAUUAUGAGUUCCCUGAUGAUGACACUGUCAUAGUUGGAUAGAUGCUGAAGCUGUAUUUCAGUUCUUCUUAAGUGCUACCGGGUGAUUAUGUUAAAGAAAGGAGUUGGGAUGAAAAGAUUUAUCUGUAUUCAAUUAUAAAGUCAUAUUCAAAGCCAUUUGAAUGUGGUUUUUUAAUCUUUUCAGUCUUAAAGAUUGAGGUGGUCAGUAUUUUUUGAGCUGUUCGAUGUUGAUGGCUUUAUUAAACAUACAUAUUUUACUCCACUGGUUGUUACUGCCAUUCUACACUGGAUUACUUAGUGGCUUUCUUUCUAACAUACUUUGACAAGUUGCCUGAUGGAGAAAUUGUGGUUCCAUGAUUAAAGAUGUAAAUGUGCUCUACAAAUUCACCUGUUUUAUAUGGCUGGAAUACGUGACACAACAGGUGAAUGUAAUCAACUAUGUGGUGGAACAGAAAACCAGCAGUACAGGGGAUCCCUGGGGACUGGAUUGAGAACUGCUGCUCUUCAUGGGGAGACAAUCAGUCGAGCUUAAAGGCAGCAAUACCAUAACUACAGAGAUGCUGAAAAGAAAUACCACCAUUGAAUGCAGAUAUUUUGUUAAGCGGUGUGGCAAUCAUAUAC